GCGAAGUGAAACCGUUCAAUUAGCCGUUGCUCUCUGUGACAGUUUACACAAGUAACAACGGUGAUAAAUUGUGCUAAAGUAACUACACGAAAACGGCAAACUAACGCCAUAGCAUCACUAGUUUUCUACUAAUAAUACUGUUAGUACCACUGCUGCUAAAUGAGCAACCACUAGCAACUAGUUUCCCAGAGCUGCAAGGACGUUCACAUAAAUGCUAGGACUUGACUUAAAGCCUCACACGCUGGCUGAUCAUAUGAUGUUGCUGUAAAGAUCCUGGAGGGGAUCUGCGAAUGGCAGCAGUGGAGCUUCUUACAUACUUCAAGAUCUUCCAUCAAUGGAGCCGUAACAAAUUAUGGUCACUCUUUAUUUAGCAGCAGGGGACAUUUUGUAGCUUUUGCAGCGUCUUUUACCAAAACCCACAAAGACGCUCGACAGCUGAACUGACUGCGAGGCGCUAAUGGAGGAGGAAAACUUGUGCACCUCCUCUCUGCCGGAUAUCACAGAUCCAGUCCUUCAGCAGCUUCUACAAGACUCAUGGCCCUCUAUAGAUCCCCAGAGCAUCAAUGGAGAACAGGAGGCUCUUGUGUCGGGCGAGACGGAGCUGCAAAUGAAUCAGGCGUACGGACCGGGUCAGCUCAAUCUCUCCCCAAAGGCAGAACACAACCCCCCCGAGGAGGCAGAGCAGUGGGAGCAAAUCAUAUGGUCGGCGUGCCCCAUCACCUGUACCAGUCCUCCGCUGUCCUUCGCUACGGUGCAGUGGGACAUGCCCGAUCCGUCCACCGAGACGACUGACAGCAGCUCGGCCAAUGAGCUGGACUCUGAGGUUGUGACGAAUCUAGACUCCACCUCCGAGUCGCUUCACCAGCCUGAAGACAUUAAUGCUGAGCUUUUCAACCAGGAGGACGGGGAGGAACAAGAGGAGUUUGAUUCACAGCUUCUGAAAUCGGAUAUUGAGUCGGCAGGAAAUAAGUCUGAGCCAUGUGAUGCAGCAGAUGUGCAAGAGCCGAAGACACAGGAACAGGAAGGUUCAACACUCGAGCUGUUUGACACCAAUAACGAAAUCCCACUGAAGGCAGACUCAGAAGAAGAGGAGGGACGCUCAGUAGCAUCAGAUCCUGCUGAAACCGAGGACUUAAUCGAUACUGUUGAGGAGAUUCAAGGCUCAGAAGAUGAGGCGGACAGUUUUGUGGUUUUGAAACUAGAAGAGGAACGGGAGGAGCCCGGCAUUCUGCUGACUGGACUGGGAAGCUCUGAGGAAGAACAAACUUCAGCAAAUGGUGUUGAGCCUGAAGGAGAGAACGAGGAGGGCGGCGAGGUCGAAGAAGAAGAGCAGAGUGUGACUGAUGUGUCCUGCAGUGAAGAAAGUGAAGAGGCAGAAAGUGUCAGUAGUCUGGGACAUGUGGAGGAACCUGCGUUGCAAACUGAUGACACUGGACUAACCAUAGAGCCAGAUAAGCUAAUUGAUCUGCAACAGCCAGAGCUUUUGGAGGAAAACCUGCACACAGAGGCUGAGGAGGACUUUGGGACACUGGAACAGUUACAUGAAGAUCUCACAGUUCAGAGUGAACGGCUAGAAAUGUGUGAAGAUGUAGGUCAGGACAUUCCUGAACAGUCAGAUCCUGCAGACAGCAGCGAAGAAGCUUCGAUACAGGAGGCAGAAAAUGCAGAGAGAAUAGAAAACUCACAAGAAACCCUAGAGGGGGCUGAAAAUCAGGAGGAGACAAACUGUUUAGACUGUGACCAAACAAUUUCACAGGACGGAGAGGCUUCACUACCUGAACCCUCUGAGUCUGAGCAACUUGAGAUGACGGAGGAGCCGGAGCAGAUCCCAGCAGAGGAGUCCCAUCAAACGGAGCCGCAGCACUCACAAGACUCUGACCAGUCACCAGAGAUGAAACUGACAGACCAUUCAGCUCAGCCUGAAAAUGCCGAGCAGCCAGAGGAGUCCACUCAGUCGGAGCAGACAGUUUGUGCCGAAGCCGAAGACCCCGGAGUGGCGGAGCAGCGAGAACAGACGGAGCCGUCAGAGCAGAAUGAGCAGUCGCUGCAAACGAGCGACUCGUCUCAGCCGACGGUCUCCGAGGAGCUCGUACAGUCAGACGAGACAAAUGAGUCAGAAGCGACAGAACAGCUGUCUCCUGAGACUGAGGUCACACAGCAGACAGAGGAGUUAAACCAGGUGGACAAACAGGAGGAAGAUGUAGGAGGUCCUGAGGAUGGAGACGUACAAACAGUUGUGGCAAACGGAGAGCAGCCCAAACACUCGGACACAGCUGUGACUCACAUGAACGGAGCCAAGGUGGACAGAGAGAAGGCCGGCCACCUCGCCGAACGGCUGUUUAACCUGGAGGGGAUUCAGCGUGCAGACGUGGUGAAGCACUUAGACAAAGAUAAUGACUUCAGCCGUGCUGUUGGAGAGGAAUACCUGAGAUUCUUUGACUUCACCGGCCAAUCUCUGGAUCAUGCCCUGAGAUCGUUUCUGAAAGUGGUGGUGCUCAUUGGAGAGACCCAGGAGAGGGAGCGUGUGCUGCAACAUUUCUCCUGCCGCUUCCAUCAGUGCAACCCCGACUCCUUUUCCUCCUCAGGCUCCGUGUUGGCUCUGACGUGUGCUUUGAUGCUUCUCAAUACUGACUUGCAUGGACAGCAUGUGGGAAAAUCCAUGUCGUCUUCUAAGUUUGUGUCCAACCUGGACGGGAUGAACGAGGGAGGAAACUUCAGCAAGGAUAUGCUGAAGAGUCUUUACAAUUCCAUAAAGAGUGAAGCACUGGAGUGGGCCGUUGAUGAGGAGGAGCUGAAGAACUCUGUGUUGCUGGAUGAAGACGCAGGUGAAGACGCUCCGCUGCGCUCGAAAGCGAAUCCCUUCCAGGACGUCCCUCACGACAAAACGGCGUCUGUGGUCAAAGAGGGAUUCCUCCAGAGAAAGCUCCACGCCGACAUCGACGGCAAACGCACUCCGUGGGGUAAAAGAGGCUGGAAGACGUUCUACGGUGUGCUGAAGGGAAUGGUCCUCUACCUGCAGAAGAAUGAUUAUCGAAAGGAUCAUCCGACUAACGAGGAAGUGGUGAGCGUGCAUCACUCUCUGGCCGAGCAGGCGGCCGACUACAUCAAGAAGCCGCACGUCUUUCGCCUGCAGACGGCCGACUGGAGGGUUUUCCUCUUCCAGGCCUCGUCCAAAGUGGAGAUGAAUUCGUGGAUCAGUCGCAUCAACCUGGUCUCGGCGCUUCACUCGUCGCCUCCGUUCCCUGCUGCUGUCGGCUCUCAGAGGAGGUUCUGCAGGCCGAUCCUUCCCGCCUCACAGUCUGCUAACACUCUGGAGCAUCAGCUGAAGUCUCACUCUGGAAUGCUGGAGUCCUUUAAGGCGGACCUGUUGUACCAGCAGGAAAACCCACCAGAGGGCAAGAAAGCCAAAUCCAAAGAUCUGGAGGAGCAUCGUGUCAGAUCAGAGUACCUGCAGCACGAAGUGUGUCGCUAUGAGAGCUACAUCCAGGUGCUGGAGGCCUGGAAGAGCGUGAAGACGUCCAGCGACAGCGCGUUGACCACCGCAGACCUGAACCUGUUCGAUAAGGCUGUGUGUGCAGACUCUGUGGGGGAGGAAGAGGAGGAGGAAGGGGCGCUGAAGAAGUCUUACUCCAGCCCUUCUCUGGAGGUGGAGAUGGCCACUCCGACGGUGGUCAAAGUCAGACGCAACAUCUCCGAGAGGCGGACUUAUCGCAGGGUCGUCAUUCCUCGAUUGAAUAAAGAGGCCUGAGGCUGGAGGAGCAGUUUGUGGCGGGUUUUUUUUCUGCUCGGAGAGGCAAAGCAGCCGAGAAAUACCAAAGUCACGCGUGUGAACCGCCUCAGCUCGUUACUGUUUGGUUUUAGAGUUUUUCUGAAUUUUGAUCUUGUGCACUUUUACAAAAAUGAACCUCAGGGAAAACGUAACUCUCAGACUCACAGAGGAGUGACCCUGAACUGCUGGUUGAGUGAAGUAAAAUAUCUGGACCUAAUUUAUUUAGUUUUGCUAGAAUAUUUUGGUCUUUUUUUUAGUUUUCAAAAUAGCAGUAACAUUUACAAUGCUGGACUCAGUGUGAAAAUGUGCCUUUAAACUGUAAACCACAAGAGGAUGCUGUAGUACAAGAUGUCUGAGCGGCAGUCAGUGGAAACAUGUACUGUGUCAGUUUUCUUUAAAAAAAAAUCCCCAUUGCACUUUUAUUUUUUCUCAUGUCGUGUACAAAAUGUUUAUUUGUUGUCUUUGACCAGGAAUGACAUAAAUGUCUCCAAAGUGUUACAUACAGAUGAAGGGUUUCUUGGAAAAAUAAAAUGUUACCGUUUUUGAUUAUUCUGCAUUGUGGGACCGAUGAUGGAGGAAACUGUGUUGUUUUCAGAUGCCGUGUUUAAAUGUCAUCUUUAAUGAGGUGCAAACAACCUGAAUACAAUCAUUAAAACAUUUGCAACACGA